GUGCUGCCUCAUUCAGUUCCUUUGUGGUCCUGUUCUUCAGCACUUGCCAAAGCAGUUCCUCACAACCUGUGGUACCAGGGCAUCUUGGGUGUGACAGACAAUGGAAGAGUUGGAUGCCUUGUUGGAGGAACUGGAACACUCCACCCUUCAGGAGAGUGAUGAAUACUCCAGCCCAGCCUCUCUUUCCCUGGAUGGGCAUUCCAAAAAGGAGAGUGACCUCGCUGAGACUUCAAAGGUCCCUUCUGUUCAGGAUGACACAAGUUCCUUUUCGGUGCAGCUCGUGUAUACCACCAACAUCCAGGAGCCCAGAGUCUACAGUGAGGUCCAAGAGCCAAAGGAGUCACCACCACCUCCUAAAACCUCAGCAGCGGCUCAGUUGGAUGAGCUCAUGGCCCACCUGUGUGAAAUGCAGAUCCAGGGUACAGUGAAAGCAGAUGCCAGCAAGAAACACUUACCAGAAAAGCAGGAUCCCAAGACCUCCCUGGACUCAAUGUUGGGGGGUUUGGAGCAGGAACUGCAGGACCUCGGAAUUGCCACAGUGCCCAAGGGCCAUUGUGCUUCCUGCCAGAAACCGAUCGCUGGAAAGAUGAUCCAUGCUCUAGGGCAAGCGUGGCAUCCAGAGCACUUCGUCUGCGCUCACUGCAAAGAAGAGAUUGGCUCCAGUCCCUUCUUUGAGCGGACUGGCCUGGCCUACUGCUCCAAGGACUACCACCACCUUUUUUCUCCACGUUGUGCUUACUGUGCUGCUCCCAUCCUGGGUAAAGUACUGACGGCCAUGAACCAAACCUGGCAUCCUGAGCACUUCUUCUGCGCUCACUGCGGAGAGGUGUUUGGUGCAGAAGGUUUUCAUGAGAAGGACAAGAAGCCAUAUUGCCGGAAGGAUUUCUUAGCCAUGUUUUCACCCAAGUGUGGGGGCUGCAACCGCCCGGUGUUAGAAAACUACCUCUCCGCCAUGGACACUGUUUGGCACCCAGAGUGCUUUGUUUGUGGGGACUGCUUUAGCAGUUUUUCUACCGGCUCCUUCUUUGAACUGGAUGGGCGUCCCUUCUGUGAGCUCCAUUACCAUCAACGCCGAGGAACCCUCUGCCAUGGGUGUGGGCAGCCCAUCACUGGCCGCUGCAUCAGUGCCAUGGGCUACAAGUUCCAUCCUGAGCACUUCGUGUGUGAUUUCUGCCUGAUGCAGCUGUCGAAGGGCAUCUUCAGGGAGCAGAAUGACAAGACCUAUUGUCAGCCCUGCUUCAAUAAGCUCUUCACACAGUAAUCUCAGCUGAACCCAGAUUUGCUAGAAAAUGUAAACCAAGAGAGGAAAAAGUAUAUUUGUAGUUACUGAUCUUCUGCUCAAUAGGCUUAUAGAGAAAGCAAAGGUGAUGAACAAAGAAGGUAACAUCUCAAUAUUACAUGGCUGGGCUUAUAGUCUUAAGUUUUGAUUUUUUGUCUUUUUUGUUUGUUUGUUUGUACUUUAAAUCAGGUACUUGAAUUUAGAUCUGGCAUAUGCUAUCUAGUGCCUCUGCAGAUGUGUUUUCUCCAUACACAAAUUCCUUCCACCACGGGUGUACUCGGAUUUCUUCAUUUUCAACCCUAUGAUGGCCUUACUGGUACCUUCUCUUUUUUGGUCCUCAUAAAUGGGUCUUUUAAGCUACUCACAUUUCCCUGUGACUCACUUUCCCACAGUCACUGCCGUGGACUUUAUUCUUGCUGUUAGAAAUCAUGACAGGACUCUUAAGCUCCUUGCAUUUCCCUUCAGGGUAUUUCUCUUUUUUCAAGAGAAAGUAGAUUUUAACUGGACAACUUUGAAUACUGACAUCAUUGAUAAAUAAAGUAGCUUGCAGUUUUGAUGAUGUAAUGUCACAUUAGUUUAGUAAAUAAACUUUCUGCUUCCCAUGUUAGGUGCUAGGCACAAUGUACAAUUAAAUUUGUAUCUUACCUCUUGUUUAUUUCUAUCCAAUAGGCACUUUUGUUUAAAUCAAAAGAAAUUAGAAGAGGGGAUUCCUCGUCACUAACUUUUUUCUUAAUUUGGGCUCCUGACUUUACUUUUUGCACUUAGAUGACGGAUUCGAUGACAGAUCUUCUUAAAAUUGUUUUCAUCAUUUUGCUUAUCUGUGGGGGAAAAAAAACAAUUUCCACUGGGCACUUGCAAAUUCAUAUUUGCAUGUAUAAGCUUAUCUCUGAACUCAUUUAAAUUGUAUAUGUUAUAUGUGUCAAAUUUUCUUGCAUAUCGAUUUUAUCUCAAUAAAGCUGUUUAAAAAAAGGGAGCAUACA